GCAGAGAUUUCAAUCCCCCCCCCCUCUCUCUCUCUGUUCUCUUUCUCUCUCUAGAGGCUCUCUUGGAGGGAGGAAAUUUAGCCUCUUUGCUAAAUUGGGUUUGAUUUGAUUGAUUGAUUGAUUGUUCCUUAAGGAAUCAUACACUUCAAAGAAUGGCUGUUUCUAAUGAGAACCGUUCUAGUCUGAUCAGACCCACAAAUAUGCGAGGAGGACUAUGUGCCGGAAAGCGUGGACAGCAGCAGAUUAGGCAUACCAGGAGGGCUUUUGGAGUCAGUAAUCAGAGUUUGUUAGGAGCUCCAGCAUACCCUUGUGUUGUUAACAAGAGACCCUUUUCGCAAACACAUGAAGUUUAUGAGAAGAAACAGGCAGAUCCAGCGCACAGACCAAUCACAAGGAAGUCUGCUGCACAAAUUAGCACUCAGCAAUCUUGUUUCAAGGAAGUUAAGAUCUUCAAGGUGCCAAACACAACAGCUACAGCCACCAACUCAACUGGUUUUGGAGAUUGCACUAGUAUAUUCGUAAAUGACGAAUUCAAGUCCCCUGAAGAGCAAGCAGAAGCAAUGCCGGAGGAUGCAGAGCCCAUGUUUUUAGAACAAGCAGAACCAGUGCCGGAGGAAGCAAACGAUGCGGAGGAGGUUGAAAUGGUGGACAUUGUGGAAGAGCCGAUUGUGGACAUUGAUGGCAGCGAUUUGAAGAAUCCGCUUGCAGUUGUAGACUAUGUUGAGGAUCUCUAUGCUUACUACAGGAGAAUGGAGGGUUUUAGCUGUGUCCCACCUGACUAUAUGGAGCAACAUUGUGACAUCAAUGAGAAGAUGAGGGCUAUACUAAUUGACUGGCUUAUUGAGGUGCAGGACAAUUUUGAGCUGUUGAAGGAGACAUUGUUUCUUACUGUGAAUCUCAUCGAUAGAUUUUUAUCCCAGCGUACGGUUGUAAGAAAGAAACUUCAGUUGGUUGGUCUGGUUGCCAUGCUUUUAGCAUGCAAGUAUGAGGAAGUUUCUGCUCCUAUCGUCGGGGAUUUGAUUCUCAUAUCGGAUAAGGCUUACACAAGGCAGGAAGUCCUGGAAAUGGUAAUUCGUUGUUCUUUCUUUGGUCGAAUAUCCUCAACGGUUUCGCAUACUAUGGAAAUAAAGUUACUUCUUGAAGCGCUAGUUCUAAUCUUUCUUCCCUUUGUGCAGGAGAACUUGAUGCUCAACACAUUGCAGUUUAACAUGUCAGUAGCAACGCCGUAUGUUUUCAUGAGUAGAUUCCUCAAGGCUGCUCAAUCCGACAAGAAGAUUGAACUGCUAUCGUUCUUCUUGAUCGAGCUCUCUCUUGUGGAGUACCAAAUGCUGAAGUUUCCACCAUCUUUGUUAGCUGCUGCUGCAGUCUACACUGCUCAGUGCACUCUUUUCGGGUUCAAGCAGUGGAGCAGAACCUGCGAGUGGCACGCAAACUACUCAGAAGAACAGCUCUUAGAGUGCUCAAGUUUGAUGGUGGGAUUCCACCAGAAGGCGUCGACGGGGAGACUGACAGGGGUGCACAGGAAGUACAGUACUUCCAAGUUUGGCCACAUUGCAACUUCAGAACCAGCAAAGUUUCUGCUGCAGACUAAACAACUAUAGCAGGCCCAUAUACACACACUAACAAACAUUACAUAUGAUGACUUUGUUAAUUGAGGGUUAAUUGGGUAAUUUGAGAAGAAGAAGAAGAAGAAGAAGAAGAAGAUAUUUGCACAUAAUUAUUCAGCAACAGUGGUUGCACCUGGGAAAAUUGGGUUACUUCAGAUUUCUAGGGUUUGCAGCCUCAAAUUGUUUGCCUGAGAAAGCAGCCAUGGUUUUCUUGGAGCAUGGUUUAUGUUUGUGCUUUUUAAGCAAUGAUAAAUGCCAAUUUUUUCGGUAGAAAACAA